CAUUCAUUUGGAUGAGACUCAGAUUUUAUGGGACAGACUUCUAACUCCUUAGACUUAACUCUUGCCCAUUUCUGGGAGGCCCCAGUCUGGUAGAGCUCUGCCACUGCUCUGGUCUCUGGUCUGGCACAUGUCUUCUCGGAGUCCAGGUUGUUUGGGAAUGCAGCCUACCCCACAGAGAGACAGGCAGCUCUUAAAGCAGCAACAGCAGCUUCUGAGGGUUGGAGGCAUUCUGAACAAGUGGCAUGAGCCCACUGAAAAACAAGUCUUCAAAGAGAAUGCCAAAACCCUGGUAACAGCUCCCCAUGGUCUCCAAGAAGAUUUAGAUGACAAAUGACUUCAUCUCUGGAUUAUGGUAUGCUAACCACUGUUGAAGACUGCCCCAACUGGCCCACUGUUAGGGCCCAGCCUAAGCUGUGGACAUCUGGAGAGUCAUUGUUUCCUUUUUGCUGAAGGGGAUGAUAUAACCAAAGCUUCUCCAUAUACCUGCACAAGACCAAACCAGCGUGCAUGGGGAGGAAUUCACAAAGUCCUACCCCAAGCUAAUGAGCUAUUGGCAGUUGAUGGCUGCUAGGAAAAGAAGUCUUUCUGGAAAAGGAGGAGAGAUGACAACGAGGAAGACAACCACCACCCCCAUUCUUCGAAGAGGAGUAAGAAGGGCCAGGCCUUUCAGGACCCUCACGCUAUAGAGUGCAAAUCAAGAGCCGUGGGAGUCAUCCCCUGGGUCACAGGUAACUGACCAAGGGCCAUCUACCAGAGAGAAGUGACUCUUCCUCUCCAGCAAAAGUCGGCUGCCAAAAGUUCCUUAGUUAAAGAAGCAUUGGCUCCAGGAAUGAAGAAGUAUGUGUUGGGUGAGCUAUUCUGAAUAACAUGAGGGGAGGACCUUGAUCAUCAAAGGGAAGGCAUAUUCCAGAAAGCCAUUGUGCUAAGGAUCCACCGUUGCCAGGCAUGUCCAUGGAAUUUUCACCCCUCGGUUGCACAGCUGUGAUCUGUUAUUCCUGUCAUCUUUUCUGGCAUACAAGGCACAGUGUGAGAGGAUACAACUGAGGUCAUUUUUAUACAAGGGGAACAUGGGAUGGUUUGUUCUCUGGACUGAGCAUAUCUGCUUCAGGGAUGUAGAGGUCCACAGUGCCUGACACACUGUGACUCCAGACACAGCUUCGUCAACUCUAACUUACUGCUUUCUGCAGGCAGAGGUAUGACUCUUAUGUUCCCAGCUGUGAGUGGCCACCACCCUCUGUCACUCAUGCCUUCCAAGCCCAGAUCCUUAGGUUCCCCUUUGUCUUACUACCUGUGUUCCAUGUUGCUUGCUUCUUCCAUGGGUGAGGAGACUCCUUUUUGCAACACAGCACUUUGGAACUGUCACUCAUGCUUCUGGGAAGCAAUUUGCAGGCAUAAGUGGAAGAACAAAGAACCUGGAAUUGUAGAGUGCAAAAAUGGAGCUCAGCAGUGGUCACCACAGGCCAGUUGUUGAGUAGAACAAUGAACACACAAGGUAAAUGCAAGACCAUAAUCCAAUUGGUGAGCAGUAGUCCGCUCUGAGUACCACAUCUGGAAAUGUAUGUCCAAUGAUGAAUGGUGGGGCAGCUCACUUUAAGGCAUUUGCCUAAGCUUGCAUGUUGAUACACAGAAAAGAGCCACCUCAGAAUCAAAGUCUCUUACCAGCAGAAUCAUUUCAUUCUUAUCACAAAGAGGGAGGUUUGGUUAUGAUCUCAGGGCAUGUCAUGGAAGACUUCACAAAGGCAAUCGAGCAGGUCCAAGGACAGCAUGGCAAGACAAUGAUCACUAGUGUGAAAAGUCAGAGAUGGGUGAGUUCCCAGGGUACAAAUCCUUGUGAGCCCAUAAAAUUCUGCCCUUUGAAUAUAUGUAAAUGCCCUUAGGAAGAAUGGCUGUCACUGUGCAUUCAUUAUAGUAGAGCUGCCUUUGAGAGUUGGGGGAAGUGAGGUGAGAAUCACUGGGAUUCACCAUAUGACACCUGCAUGAGCUGAAGCAAGAGAAAGAAUACCAGUUGCCAUGCAGGAAAUGCUGCCGGUGUGUCAUGCCCUGUGCUAACUGCUCUGGACAUGUAUCAUCUUGAGUAAGCCUCGGAAGAUGCCUGGGAGGUGGCCCCACUUUGAAGAUGAGGGACAGAGAAAGUGAGAUGAAUAAUCACGGGCUUUCUUUUUCUCUUCUCACCUCUUGUUACAGUCUGGAUUUUCCUGGCUGCACACAUUCCUCCUCGCUAUCGCCUUCACUUUUCCUCCUGGAACCAGGGCUCAGUGUGGCGACUGGCUCAGACUAGAACCCAUCAUGGAUCCACUGCAGAAAUGGGAUCCACUGUUGAUUUCUGUGCCCUCCUGCAUGGCCACUGUGACAAGCUCCCAAGAGUCCUCAGCCUUCCCUCAGCCUUCCUCCUCAGAAAAGCUAAGUGUGGGGCUCAGUGGGCUGAGCCUCAGCCCCAGCCCCAGCUCAGGUGUCCCUGCCCCUCUGUCACAGGGGCUGCUCCAGCAGCAGGCCAGGGAGAAGAAGGCCCUGUGGCAGCAGUACUGGGAGAAGCAGGGCUUUCCUCAGAGGAAGAAGGUCUUCCUGAGGCACUCGAGACGCUGGCACCGGGAUCACAUGGCACCUUACCUGCUUGAAAAGGAUGUCAGAGGAGGCAGAUCCCAGAAUCAGCUCCUCUGCCAGGGCCACGUGCUUAAUAGUGCUGGGGUGAGUGGAGAGAGGAACGCAGCUCCCAACCCUCCGUCCUGGGAAAUGCUGGUGCAGGGCUUCAGUGGCCUCACCCUCAGCCUGGGAGCCAACAGACCAGGCCCCCUGCCGGAGGGGCCUCUGCAGCAGCAGGAACCAGAGGAGAUGUGCCAGCAAAAGAGGCAGCAGGAAAGCAUCAGGAUGCUCAAGUAGAGGGUGGGAGCAGGCUGAGGUCUGUCUGGCCCCCAAAAGAUGGAGGCGAAAACGGAUUCAGACAGUGCUGCACUUAAAGCUCAAGAGCCUGGACUCUUCUGACGUCAAGGCAGUCAGCUGCCUUUGGACGAGCCCCAGCGCUUGUGCUAGGAGGGGAACUGUCUUAGGAAAGGCCCCACUUUCCUGCCUAUGUCUUUUAGCAUGCCUUUUUGGGUAUGGUGCAGGGUGUUAACCUGUUCAGAAGAAACCUGGGUACCAGGGAUCCCUGAAUGCCCAUUAUGUGAUUCACACACUGAGGGUUUUCACUGGUUUUCCUUGGAAAUCAGCACAGCUCCUUCCCAAAUUUCUGUCAAAUAGAACCAACACAACAUGUGUAUAUAUGUUUAUAUAUGUAUAUCUAUGUAUAUGUAUAUAUAGAGAGAAGACAUACAUAGUAUAUAUGUCUUCCACUUGCCUUCUCAAUGUGCAUUUAUUGAGUGAUUCCCCACUAGGAAUCACUAGGUACUAUGGAAUGCAUGUGCCAGGUAAGAGAGGGAGGGAGGGAAGGAGGGAGGGAGAGAGAAAGAGAGAGAGAGAGAGAGAGAGAGAGAGAGAGAGAGAGAGAGAGAGAGAGAUUGACUUGCAUCUUCCAGAAACUGAAGCAAGAGAAUGCAGGCUUAAGGCACCUACCUACCCAGUGUAACUACCUACCCAGUGUACAUCCAGUGGUGUGAACCCAUGUGGAAGAAGAGAAGUUUUCCUCCUUAACCAUGGUGCUUAAUGGUGGCUCCCUGGUGGAAUUUCCCAUGUGUCCACUCAGUUAAUGGUCAUAGCAGACCUUGACGUGGGGGUUUGCAACUGUGUGCCUUCCCCCUUCCCACUCCUUCCCUCUGGCUCUUAAUCAAGUCAAUAAAAUAAGACCCAGAAGUGGUUCAGGAAAGCCAUAGUUUCAUUCAGACGAGGAUGCAAAGAGAUGAGAAGCUCAAGUAUGUCUGCUGGUGUGCAUGCUGGGGGCAGCAUGGACAGUCUGCAUGGGCAAGGGCUGUAGUGAAGGAAGUUUUGGGUGGCAUCAGUUUGAGCUCAGAAAUUGGUGGUAACUGGUGAAUGUCCCAUGAUUUCCUGUAACGACACUGUACUUAACCAUGACCUGGCUAUACACAUACUAUUGACUAGAAGCUGGACAGGGGAGCAUUUGGCCUUCAGAUUUUCCCUUUCUGGUCAAGGGCCAGCAGUGGAAAGUCCUCUAAAUGGGUUUAUUAGUGGUAGUACUAGGGAUUUGUGUGUGCUGUGUUUUGUAGCUGUGAAAGACUCUGAUCAUCCAAAGAGAUCAGCAGGAAUAGCAGAAUGCAUCCUUUGUUGAACUGAUAAAAAGGACAGCAUUUUACCUGCCUGAGGGCCACAGGGGGUGGGGGAGGAGACAAGACAGGGCUUAUUCAAAUGAGAAGUUGUCCUUUGUUCCAGGUUUCUGCCUAGCAGCCACUCUGCACUAGACACAGGAAUGCCAUGUAUGCUUAAAGGGAACCUGCUAUUAACCUCCAGGCUCAUUUUGUCUUGCUACUUGCUGGUGGACUGAAUUGAAACCAUGAUCAUGAUCGCUCUGGAGCAGUGCCCAGGGCACAGCCUCUGAAUGACAGAGACAGCCGGUGAAGACCUUCCUGCCAGCCAUUAUGGGAUACCUUGAUACCCAUGUGGGUGAAGGCUUAUGGUAGGAUAACCGCUGUCCCUGGACAUUUGGCCCUGAGAAGCAGAGCCUCUUUACUGAGUAACAGCGGGAGCAUGUGUGAGACCUGUCACUCUCUGUGCUGUUUGUCAUCCUUAUUCUUUUAUGGCCCUUGACCUGCGGUCUCUCUGUACAGGGCAUCACCUCUGUCUCUGUCUGAGCAGAGGAACAUGUCAAGGUGCACAUGUGUGUUUCAACUUCCCCACAUGGAAGUGAUUUGCUCUUUUCAAGUCCACAGUGUCCUGUGAUUGUACCAGACAGCAUGAAAUCCCCUGUUCCAACUGUAAAAACUGGUUCUCUUCUGUGAGCACCUGCCUCCUGUUGUUAAUGUGUACUGGAAUGUUAGCAAGUGCUUUUGUCAGAGAUUCUGAAACAUACAGAAACUGUGUAGUGAUCUCCACUCUAAUGCUGGAGACACCUUAUUUGUUCAAAUGAGGAGCUGGCCAUUGUUUGUGAGUUUUGUAACUCAUUGUCUAAGCCAUGCUACUGACUAUGUGAAGACUUAAAAUUCCAUUACAGUCUAGUUUGACUGGUUACUUUGCAAUCAUUCUCCCAUUGAAAAAGCCAUGCUUCUUUUUGUUAAUUUUUUAACUGUCCCUCUCUGUAAUAGGUGUCCUGUUUUCCUCCUAUAACAUCUUCCCCUAUCUCGUAGUCUUUCUGAUCUCCCCUCUGCCUCCAGCAUCGCUACCUUUCCCUCUUCAGAGCACACAAAUGGGAAAGUUUCAAAGAGAGAUGUCCUAAUAGGAGGAGGGCCAUGGAGCCAUGUGGCUGAGUUACACCUCUACGUGUACUCAAGUGAGGCACCUCAACCAAGAACAGGAUCCCCUGUGACACUAUUUGUCCUGGUGGAUGCAGGGACAUUUGGUACGAUGGCCCAGGCUCAGCGGCCAGCCCCAUUGCCCCAGUCCCUGGAAAACUUAAUUCGUCUGGAUACCAACACUGAGGACUUGGCCAAGAACUCUGUCACAGGCAUAGGAGUGGCCACGAAAGCCCUCCCAGAUGCUCAUUGCUUCCCAUACAGCGUGGUCUUCUGUGGGGACCAGAUAGCCUCAUUUGUUUUGUCCUUGGUUAUUUGAGUGCUGUCGAUGCUCUCAUUUGACCACAACUACUGACUUUGCCUCCUUUAAUUGCAUUUCUUCCUCCCACUCCAGGGGUAGAGCUACACAAUCUUUUUUGUGCUGUAUGAGUGUGUGUGUGUGUGUGUGUGUGUGUGUGUGUGUGUGUGUGCAUGUAUAGGAACCCAUGCCUGUGUGGAUAGAGGUCUGAGAAUCACUCAGGGUAUGUUCCUCUGUUGCUCUCCACCAUGGUUUUGAGACAGGUCUCUUGUUCCUGGAACUCACCAGUUUGUCUUGAUCAGCUUGAUAGCUAGUCCCAGGAAACCUCUUCUCUCUGCCUAGAAGCACUGAGAUUGUGGCUGUGCCCUGCCAGGCCUGGAUUUUGAUGAGCACUGGAGUUCCAACAUCACACCCUCAUGCCCUUAUGGCAGACACUGUACCUGCCCACACGGAUCCCAGCCCUGAGCUGUACAAUUUUAAUUAAUUGAAUCUACCCACCUGCAAAUUCUACCAUCCCUCUUCCUCAGUCGUGAAGCCUCCAACCACAGUGUGCUCCCUCCCAGUCUCUGUCUGCCUCACACUGUUCGGUGGGCUGUUUCCCGGAUGAGAAGACCAGCAUUUGUUCCCCACACCCACAAGAUAGCAGGCAGCAUCUUCGUGAGCACUAUUCAGUGCCUUGGGUGUGUUGCUCUGCUGCACUCAAAACUGCAAGCUCCUUUCAGAGGCUGGUGCUAGAAGGACUCCAGUUAUGACUUGAUUGUUGUCAUAGUGACACCACUCGAAUACCUUUCAUCAGUGCAACGUGACUUUCCUCUAUGACUGCCUCAUGCCAAGCUCUCACAGCCCCUUGGAAAGAUAUACACUUCCUCACCACACAAUUCUGAUUUCCUGUCAGGAGAGGGUGAAGAUACGUAUUUCUUGAAUGUCGUGACUCAGCUUGAGGCCCUGUGAAGACUCUGAGGGAGGGGGUGGCGGAGGUGAAACCGCUGUGCCAGAUAAAAUCAAUAACCUGGGAGAACAAGAGAUUUUUCUGACAGGAUUGAGUGUGGGUGGGUGGUUGCCUAGGUUACCAGUUGCGAAGGCCAGGGCUGAUGGAGACUGCCUGCCACAUGACCAUCCUUAUUCACAGGAUCCGGACCUGAAGGGUAAGUAUGAGGGAGCAUGCUCAGUAUUUCAGAGCCUUCUCAGUAUUGGCAGUUUACUGAAGGUGCUCUGAGCAUGUUUAUGAGAAGCUGAUGCAUAGAGGACCAGGACAUAGGCUCUGGCCACUAGCUGCAGGGGCCAUUGGGUCUUGAGUGAGAGUGUGCAGAGGAGACCGUGUCCUUCUCCUCAUGGAGGUAGCAAGGUCUAAGAGUAGGGCUGGCCCCAGCGCCACAGAUGAUAUUCUUUCUGUGCAGGUGGCCCUGUUACCUGUGAGCAGGGUGCUUUCACAAAGUGCUGAAGUGGAGUACUGUUCAGGGUGUGUGAUCCGAUGGUUGGACAAAGAAAUUCUGAAGAUUGCAACACACACCAAAUGCACAUGCACACACACACACACACACACACACACACACAAGUAUAUAGUAUUAUGAGGGCAUAGAACAAAGGAAAUUGUGGCUUUUCAAACAUCAUGCCAAAUUAAAUAAUCUUGACUAAAAACAAACAACAAAAUAUUCGGCAUGACCUCACUGCCUUUGGCACCUCACUGCCUUUGGCACCUGAAAAAUGGUCAUGUCUUUUUCACACUGACAAAACAGGUCAUUGGUUACAGUGAGGUGAACGUUGGUCAUGUGUGCUGAGCUAUGUUCCAAGUAAAAUCACUAACGCUUGUUCCCUGAGAUUUGGUAACAAAGGGCUGAACAAAAGCUACCAAGCACAACCUCAUCACGAGCCCAUUCAAGGUUUGUCCCCAGAAUCACGAAAAGGGGGUGGGGAUAAAAGGAAUUGUUUCUAUUAGGAUAAUGUCCUGAUUCAGGAGAAACUGAAGACUGGGAUGGACACACACCUUGCUGGUGCCUGAAAAGAACAUGAUGGCUGCCCUGCGAGUACCACUGCAUCGCGCCUGUCCACUACUACCAUGUGCCCAAUCCCUGUACUUUCAUGUGUCCCAUCUAGCCACGCCAAUAGAUGUGCACUGCAUUUUGCUACCAUCACAGUGACACAUGACCAAGUGUGAAUAUCAAGGUCUGAGAGAAAACAAGAUGGAACAAGCUUAAAGGGCAUGACAGUCAGAUGGGCUAGGAGAACCCCAGCAUUCUGCCUUCAGCAUCCCCUAAUUUUUGUUUGGUUGGGUUAUGGGAGGAGGGGCUGGUUGUUGUUCUUGUUGUUGUUUUGUAGUGGUGCCUGUCCUGGAACUUACUUUUUUAAACAGACUGGCAGAAAAUUCACAGAGAUCUCCAUUCCUCUGCCUCUUGAAUGCUGGGAUUAAAGGCUAGAGCCACCACAUGAAGCUCAGUCACCAAAUUUUCUUUUAAUACCUUAGAAACAAAAUUUAUUUUCAUAUGCAGUGUUUAUAAUUAGCAUAUAACCAUUUCAGAAGCAAUUGGAAAAACAAAGAAUGUGGUAGCUCAUACAAGCACUAAGAAGGCAGAAACAGAAGUAUUGCUGCUACAGGUUUUAAAGGCAGUCUGACCUGUUAUAAAAAUUUCCAUUGAGGGGUUUCAUAAUAAGACCCUGUCUUAAAAAAAAAAGAUUCUUCCCAGAUAUGCCACUGUCUAGUCGUCAGCUAAUGAAUGUUUGGGUUGUUUUAUUAACAUCUAUGCACAGAUUUUUGUUUGGUUAUGUUUUCUAUUCUCUUGGGCAAAUGCUAAAGGAUUCAGUUGCUGGGUUAUUGCAGCUCUGUGUGUAGCAUUUUGAGGAACUGUCCAACUGUUUUUCCAGUUGAUUGUAUAAUGUGCAAGCCUUCCGCCCAUGCAUGAGAGUUCCAGUUUCUUGCAGUAGUUACGCUGUGUCUUUUCAAACUGACAAGCUUAUCAGGCAUGAAGUGACGUUUGAUUGUGGUUUUGAUUGAUAUUUUCCUGACAAGUAAUGUGAACAUCUUUUGACGUGUGCACUGGCUACUCCUAUGUUUUUAAAGAAAUGUUUAUUCGAAUCAUCUGUCUUGUUCUUACAUUAAGUUAUGAUUUUCAGUCGUUGAGUUAUAAAAAAAAUCUUUUAGCUAUUUGGAACACUAGUUCCUCAUUGAUGACUUGCAAAAUGUUUCUUUUCCCUUGUCUGAGUUUUUUUUCUCCUUACAGUCUUUUGACUAUACUAGGCAGCAAUAAGAAGAAACAAGGUGGCCGUCAUGCUGCAACAUAGACAAGAAAUACGCAAAGUGAAAGACGGCAUCACAAAAGAUCACAUACCACCUGAUUCCAUUAUGGGAAUUACUCCAAACAGACAAAACAAACUUAUACAGGCUUCAGGCAUGAGGCCAGCUCCUUUUGGGCAGCAUAAAUGUAGCCAUUUUUAUUCCAGGCCCAUCAGCUACGUCAUCUCAGCUUGUUGCUGUUAGAGGGAAAAGCUCUCUGUGUGAGGUCAGGUUGGCCAAAAACUAUGUUUGUGUUCAGCGUACUCUAUGGCCUUGCUAUUCCUGGAAAUUACCCAACCAUAAGCGCAGCUGGCCCUAACUAUAAACUCUACUUGGGACCAAUCAAAUUAAAGAUCAGAUAGAACUGCUUGUCUAGUUAGCAAAAAUAACUUAAGUUGAAGCUGACUGCCAUGUUCCACUGUCCAUCCAUUCCCCCUACCUCCAAUACCUGUCAUGUGAGCUAAUUGCGGUUUUUGCCUUUAUAAGCUAACUCCAAAAGACAAUCGAUGUCACAGUUUGGCUCCCGAGGCCACUCUGUGUCCCUGACCCUGGUCAGUCUUGGGGUGUUGCAUUCAAUAAACCAUCCAUAUGUAACUGAAAAAAAAAAGAUUCUUGGGAAAUUGUUCAGAAUCAAACACUGCAGGAGAAACAAGUAUCUAGGUAAAUGUGAUGAGCAGCCUAAUUUCAGAAGCCCUGAGAUAAAUUAUUAUUUCUUGGCUGUCUGUUACUGAUCAUUUGACAGGAAAAUUUCUAUUCAGUAUCAGCAUUUGACACUAUAUAAUUCUUUCUGUAAGUCCCAUCCUUUUCUAACAUAUUUUAAAAAGCCCCUUAAACAUGCCAAAAGCCUGAUUUUAUGAACAGAAAUUCUUUCCUAAUAGAAAAGUAAACCGUUUUUACUUACUACCAGUAAUACCAUCUUGGUCCUUCUCUUUCUUGGCUGAUCCUGGGGUUGGAUGUGGGGGAAGCAUCAUCGUGCAAUCAAUAUUUUCAUAAUCAGCAUCAUAGUCAUCUUCAUCAUAAUCUGGUAAAACCAAGGUGAUCUCAUUAGCAUGAAGAAUGCUAUACAAUUAUACCCUGGAGCUCUCUUCAACUCUCAAGAAUUUAAAGGACUACAGAAGUACUAUGUAGCCUUUAAGAAUACACAAAGAUUUGUGCGUGUGUGUAUGUCUGUGUGUCUAUAUGUGAGUGUGUGUGUGCAUGCUACUCUCCUGUAAUCUCACCACUAAGAAGGGAGAAGCAGGUAGAUAUGAGUUUGAGACCAACCAGGGCCACAUAGUAAGAAGCCAUCUCAAAUACAAACAAACAAAACAUAAAAACAAUACAUAUGAUGGAUUUUCUGCCUUCAGAAAAAUAUGGUAUAGCCAAAUGUUCAUCCCUUACAUGGGGUUUCAGAGCUUCCACAAAUUGUUUGAAACCUUUUCCUUAUUAUACUGGGUUUUGUUUUCCAUUGUUCAAUCUAGAUCAAUAUUCUUUCCAAGUUAAAAAAUAUAAAAAAUAAACAAACAAAAACUAGAUUAUCUUCAAAGUUCCCAAGUUCUUGAUACACUUUUUUUAUCAUUGGCAGCUAAUCAUUCUUUUCAGGUUUUUUAUUUCUUAUUUUUGUACUAAUUACAGUUUCUUCACUUUGUAUCCCAGCUGUAGCUUCCUCCCUCAUUCCUUCUCAAUCCUACUCUCCGUCCUCAUCUCCUCUCAUGUCCCUCUCCAAGUCCACUGAUGGGGAGGUCCUCCUCCACAUCCAUCUGACCCUAGCUUAUCAGGUCUCAUCUGAACUGGCUGCAUUGUCUUCCUCUGUGGCCUGGCAAAGUUGUUCUUCUCAAGGGGAGGUGAGCAAAGAACCAGCUUAUUAGGGCACCCACUUGGAUACCAAGCUGCCAUGGGCUACAUCUGUGCAGGGGUUCUAGGUUACAUCCAUGAAUGGUCCUAGCUUGGAGUAUCAGUCUCAGAAAAGAACCCUUUGACAAGAUUUUUUUUUUUUGGUUUUGUUGCUCACCUUGUGGAGCUCCUGCCCCCUCCAGGUCUUUCUAUCUCCCCCUUAUUUCAUAAGAUUCCCUGCACUCUGUCCAAAGUUUGGUUAUGAGUCUCAGCAUCUGCUUUGAUACACUGCUGCGUAGAGUUUUUCAGAGGCCCUCUGUGGUAGGCUCCCACCCUAUUCCCUCUUUUCUCCCUCUUCUGAUGUUUGUCUCCCUUGCCAUUCUGAAUGAAGAUUGAGCAUCUUACCCAGGGUCCUCCUUCUUCCUUCUUGCUUAGCUUCUUUAGGUGUACAGAUUUUAGUAUGUUUAUCCUAUAUUAUAUGUCUAAUAUCCACUUAUACAUGAGUGUAUACCAUGUGUGUCUUUCUGCUUCUGGAAUACCUCACUCAGGACGAUCUUUUCCAGAUCCCACCAUUUUCCUGCAAAUUUCAUGAUUUCCUUGUUUUUAAUUUCUGUGUUAUAUUUGAUUGUGUAAAUGUACCAUAAUUUCUGUAUCCAUUCCACAGUUGAGGGACAUCUGGGUUGUUUACAGGUUCUGGCUAUCACAAAUAAAGCUGCUACAAACAUGGUUGAGCAAAUGUC